GAAUGCUUUUGGUUGCAGGGGUUUUCUUUUGGCUUCCGCAAAUCCACCCAUUGAAAACACAUGCUACCAUUAAAAAACACGCUCCAUAGAUAGAUAUUGCAGCUGAAAAAAACAUGCUACUGGUUCGAAUCCACCCGUUGAAAAUAAAAGCAUGCUACCGUUAACAAAAACACGCUCCUAUUCCUUAACCUAUUAUAUAAAUGGCCAUUGAUUUAGAAGAAUAGCUCAUCCGCAAUGUUCAGUGUUUCCCUGCGUACAUUGAUUCUGAAUGUACUAUAUAUGCGUACUCCUCUGGUUAUUGUUGCUUCAAGGCCAUAGUGAGCAUAGAGAUGAAAGAUUUUAGGGAACUGAAUUUAUGGAUUCUUGGUAUAGGGCUCGAUGCCCUUUCCUGCAAGGGGUGAAUUUGCCAUUUGGUGUGCCUUAUCUGCGGAGGAAUGUUGUCCCAGGGAGUGACGCAUCCAACGCCUCAGAGGUCAUCCGCAUCACCAAUCAUGUGCGGAGGAAUGUUGCAGCAGUGAUGAUGAUGAGGAGGAGGAGGAGGAGAAAUGAAGCAGAACUACAUAUCACAAGCACCAGGAAAUACAACAGUAUUGAUGAUAAGGAGGAUGAUGAGGAAAUAGCCAAGCAGCUAGCGAAAGCUAUAAAAGUUUGCUUAUCUAAAGUCCCAAAUAAACAGAGAGCAGCAACAUCAGUUAAUGUUUGGAUUUGGUUCAAGCAGUCGAUGUGGCAAAAGCAGUUGGCAUUCGCUGAUUAUUAUAAUGAUAAAUACCUUUGCUAUGUUUGUAGAAUGAGUGCAAAGUGAUGCCUAGAGUUUCUCAAUUGUUAUUGAUGUCAAUGCAGAACAAAUUUUAAUUUUACUAUUGUACUUUUGCAUCAUUUUCUGAAAUCGUUCAACUUAUUUGUAAAUGGAUAUGUAAAUAGAUUUGUUGUUUAAUAAAUUUUUUUGGGGGGGAGGGGUUGAAUUUGCCCCCUCCUCAAGGUUGAAGAGAAUGGUCAUUGGUCAUGGCCAUAUUUGUCAGCCUAGUG